AUGGAGGACGAGAUGCCCAAGACUCUGUACAUUGGUAACCUUUCCCGAGAUGUGACUGAAGCUCUCAUCCUCCAGCUCUUUAGCCAGAUUAGACCUUGUAAAAACUGCAAAAUGAUUAUGGAUACAGCGGGAAAUGACCCAUACUGUUUUGUGAAGUUCCAUGAGCAUCGACAUGGAGCUGCAGUGCUGGCUGCUAAGAAUGGGCGGAAGAUAAUGGGGAAGGAUGUCAAAGUAAAUCAGGCAACAACCCCCAGCGGUCAAAAGAAAGAUACGAGCAAUCACUUCCGUGUGUUUGUUGGUGACCUCAGCCCAGAAAUCGCAACUGAAGACAUCAAAACAGCUCUCACACCGUUUGGGAGAAUUUCAGAUGCCUGCGUGGUAAAAGACAUGGCUAUGGGGAAGUCUAGGCCAUAUGGCUUUGUCUCCUUUUUCAACAAAUGGGAUGCAGAAAAUGCCAUUCAGCAGAUGGGUGGCCAGUGGCUUGGUGAAAGACAAACCAGAACUAACUGGGCAACCCCAAAGCCUCCAGCUCCAAAGACUUCAUAUGAGUCGAACACCAAACAGCUGUCGUAUGAUGAGGUUGUAAGUCAGCCUCGCCCCAGAAACUGCGCUGUGUAUUGUGGAGGGGUGACGUUGGGACUGACAGGGCAACUAAUGCAUCGGAAUUUUUUUUACUUUUUUUUUUUCCCGUUUGGAUAA